UUUUCGGGAAGAGUAGUUUACCGCUACCAUGGAUUCGCUUUGAAAGCAUGGAUCAUACCAGAAAGGACUACAUAUUCCAAAAAACCUUUUAUCCUUAACCGGUGCAGUGUUUUCAAAAUAGCCUGAGUUAGUCCAUAGGGGAUUUGUAUCUGAAAAAUUUGUUGGCUAGUUAACUGUUCCAGUGAUUAUUAAACCACAGUAAUCAUGAGGAUGAGGAACCUAUGGACCAAAGCAGGUGUUCUGGGCUCGGUAUCCAUGGCGUUUGGAUCCAUGUUCUGGUCUCAGAAGAAGACGGCAACGACUCAGACGGGUUCGACCACCGCAUGCACGGAACCACCUUCUCCUUAUGAGCUCAAACUGGUGCAAGUACUGUUCCGCCACGGAGCCCGAACUCCGCUGAAGUCUAUACCGGAUGUCAUGGAGGCCCAGUGGGUGCCUAACCUCCUGGAACCCCCAGCACACACACAUAUCAACUAUGUGGUGACAGACCUGGAAGGAGGUCCACGGCCCUCCUCACCGGUGGAGGACAGUUACCGGGCCACCAUACUGACCGGGGGUACGUACCCAGGUCAGUUGACUACGGUGGGCAUGCAGCAGCUGUAUGAGCUGGGAGAGAGGCUGAGGAAGAGGUACAUCCAGGACACGGCCUUCCUCAACCCCACCUUCAGCCCUACAGAGGUCUAUGUGCGUUCCACUAACAUUGUAAGGACCAUAGAGUCUGCCAAGUGCCUGGUGGCAGGGCUGUUCCAGCAAAGCCAGAGCGACAUGGUUUCCAUUCUGACGACUGAGGCAGAGUCAGAGAUCCUGUACCCUAACUACCACGGGUGCAGACUGCUCAAACACCUCAGUGGUCAUCGCUGGGCGGAGUCGUCCACUCUGCCAGACAUCGCUGCGGACUUGAGGAGCAUCCAGAGUGCUCUGGGCAUCGCUGCCCACCAACGGGUUGACUUCAUCCUCAUCAGGGAUGACAUGGUGGCCAGAGAGACACACGGACUACCCUGCCCACCAGUCCUGGACUCCUGGAGGAACACAGUGGAGCAGAGAGCUGUGGAGAUGAUCUGUCACAUCUACGAACCCAGCAAGAGGGAGAACCUGCAGCUGUGUGUGGGUCCCCUCUUCCACACCCUGAUGGGCAACAUUGAAGACCAACUACAGGACACAACCUCAGAGUCCAACAGGAAGCUGUUCCUGUACUCUGCCCACGACACCACUCUGAUGCCCUGUCUCAUGGCUCUGGGGGUUUUUGACAUGCAAUGGCCACCGUACGCCGCUGACAUCACCCUGGAGCUGCAUCAACACAGGCAAACCAAAGAGGCCUUUGUCAAAGUGUCCUACAUUGGCAAGGACCAGUUGAUUCCAGGCUGUAGUGGAGUCUACUGCCCCCUGCAGGAAUUCAAGCAGGCCUUCUCUAACUACUCACUGACCUCUGAACUCUAUGAGUCGCUCUGCAACCGCACAGAGGGCAUGGCCGACCCCUGAGGCUUCCACACUCUCACUGUUACCAGCCACCCUGUUUACAUCCCACCAGACAUCCACUCUCCAGCCCUAGCCUAGCGUUAGCCCGUGUAUUAGAGUAUUUAGUAUGUUAGGAUACCUCACUGUUUAAGCCAGGGGUGGGCAAACUUUUUGGCUUGAGGGCCAUAUCGGGAUUUUGAAUUUCGAUGGAGGGCCGUAGAAAUUUUGGGCUAUUUUAUUUUAUUUUAUUUGUAUUAAUAUUAUUAUUUUUAUCUAUACAUUUUUUUAAAUCAAUUUGCGGACCCGAAAAUAGGUCCAUUGUAAAUGGGUCCAUUAUAAAUAAUCCAUUGGGCUCCCGAGUGGCACAGCGGUCUAAGGCACUGCAUCUCAGUGCUAGAGACAUCACUACAGACCCUGGUUCAAUUCCAGGCUGAAUCACAACUGGCUGUGGUUGGGAGUCCCAUAGGGUGGCGCACAAUUGGGUUUGGCCGGGGUAGGCCAUCAUUGUAAAUGUCCAUUAUAAUGUUCUUUCUAUCUAGUUUUAGACAUUCAAGUGUGGCCUGGAGUGUUUUUGUUAACCAAAAUUAUAUUUCCCCCACACAUUUAUUUGAUUAUUUUGUACCUCCCGUGGGCCAGAUUGAAUGGUCACGCGUGCCAGAGUUUGCCCACACCUGGUCUAAAUGCACAAAGGUAGCGUCACUCUCAAAGUGGAUAACUGGCUUUGAAACCACACUCAGGGCAAUAGGCAUCCUGUGUGGUACUGCUUCAACUGGUUAAGAUGGUCAGUCCCGUGUGGCUCAGUUGGUAGAGCAUGGUGCUUGUAACACCAGGUUUCUGGGUUCGAUUCCCAUGGGGGACCAGUACGAAAAUGUAUGCACACGCUUUGGAUAAGAGCAUCUGCUAAAUGACUAAGAUGAAGACAGUUUUACUUGACAAAGUAAAUCAUAAUAAUAUUGAAAUAAUCUGGUGAUGUUAUAAUGUAUAAAAUGUUACCAAUUAUAAUCAUAAAUGUACUUUCUGCGACAGUACUAUGCACAGAGCGAUGUGCUUAUAUGUCUGUAGAUAGACUGCAUUUACCUGGUUAUUACUUUAUGCACCGUAAAUGACGGGGUUUAUAGAUACUGUAUAUUGACUUUCUGAAAUGUUCUGGCUUUGUUGUUUUCAGAGUGAACCAAAAUGCUUCAUAGCAAACUGCAAUCUUCUCCUCAGGGGAAAACCAAGCACUUCAUGUACAUAGUGCUCAUUAACCAAGGGUACCAAAAUGUAUGGUGUGUAUGAGAGUGUGUGUUUACCCACUCAGAAUCAUUCAUUUUAGAACCUUUUUAAAAAGGGAUUUAUUCUGUUUACGAUAUGUUGUGAGUGAAACAGUAGGUGCCUUCUUUUAGGAAUGUGUUGAUUAUAUUGAGUGUAUAAAUUAUAUGCAUGGACAUGUGAGCAAAUAUACACUACACACUGGAGUGUUUGUUUGUUGUAGGUCUUAUCAUGGGGAGUUGACCUGACAUUUUUUGACUUUGGAGUGGUGGUUAUUAAUAAAGAGUUGGUCAAUGCUU